UAAAGACAGAGAGAUGAAACAAGUUCUGUGCUUUCUGUAAACCUUAGAAGGUGAAAUAUAAUUUUCCAAAAAACUAGUUAUAGGAGCACAAAGAUUGUUUGGUUUGUGUUUUGUUGUUUCUCUAUAUUAGUGAUGGAUGACAAUUCAGCUAGCAAUGGAACAAUCAAUGAGGUCGUUUUAAACGUAAACAAGGAUGACUUAAAGAUAACUGAAAACUCAACCGCCCCUGCCACUGCUUCUUUCUUGCAAAAGUUGGUAGCUGAAGUGGUAGGCACCUAUUUCUUGAUAUUUGCUGGUUGUGCUUCAGUGGUGGUGAACAAGAACAAUGAAAAUGUUGUAACACUUCCUGGGAUUUCAAUUGUUUGGGGACUUGCUGUCAUGGUCUUGGUUUACUCUCUUGGUCAUAUCUCUGGUGCUCAUUUCAAUCCUGCUGUUACAAUUGCUUUUGCCACCACCAGAAGAUUUCCCCUCAAACAGGUACCAGGCUAUGUAGUAGCUCAAGUCCUUGGAUCGACACUUGCAAGUGGAACUCUUAGAUUACUAUUUAGUGGGAAGGAUAACCAAUUUGCAGGAACACUCCCAGAUGGAUCUAACUUGCAAGCUUUUGUUGUUGAAUUCAUAAUCACUUUUUAUCUUAUGUUUAUCAUAUCUGGAGUUGCCACCGAUAAUAGAGCGAUUGGUGAAUUGGCUGGAAUUGCCGUUGGGUCUACUGUACUUUUGAAUGUGAUGUUUGCAGGGCCAAUAACAGGGGCAUCAAUGAAUCCAGCAAGAAGCAUAGGACCUGCAUUUGUACACAUGGAAUAUAAUGGAAUAUGGAUAUAUUUGGUGUCUCCAAUUCUAGGGGCUGUGGCUGGUGCAUGGGUUUAUAACAUCAUUCGAUAUACGGAUAAGUCGGUUCGUGAGAUCACCAAAAGUGCAUCUUUCCUCAAAGGAGUAAAGCCAUAGUUUGUUCUUUCUUUAGGAAGUUGUCCAGUAGUGGAGCUUUGUUGGAAUUAGGGUGGUCACGGCUACCUCAAAAUUCAAACAAAUUUUUUAAAUUUAUAAAAAAUUAUAAAUUAAAAUUUUAAUUAUGUA